GAAAAGUUGAAUUAAAUUAUAAUUUCAAAGGCAAUUAAAUAGAUGUCUACGCUUCCAGAACUAUCUUUAUUAAUAAUCGAUUGUACAAAUUAUGUGGCCUAGAUAAUGUUAUUAAACUUGGUGGGUCAUCUUGUUGGUCUUCAUUCUUCAAUCUAUGCCACGUGGUGUCCGGAUUUUCCUUAAUCGUACUCCAAAUGAUGCCAGAAUUGCUCAUGUAGGUGACAUAAUGUUUAGGGCGGGAACAAUUAUUUCACACGGUAUAAAUAAUAUAUAGAUAUAGAUUGUGAGUAAGCAUUGUUACAAACUACAACUGACUGCUGAAACGCUGUAUUUGCAUUUUGCUGAAGGAGAACUGUGAGCAGGUUGGUCCCCGUUACAGUUCUAAGGAUUGCUGGUUCCAGUCCUCAGUUGACCGGCCACAAUUAAGAACUGAAACCUGAGAAGAAGAGCAAGUCCAGCUGCGGCGGCAGCUUACCUGGCCUUUGUGAAUAUGGGGCAGCUCAGCAAAAGUCUUCAAUUUGAAUCACGAAAGUGCUUCAAAACUAUGAGGCAGCGAGCAGGCCGGUGAUUAUGUCGUCCACUUCAAUCUUGAGCAAGGGAAGAUAUAUUCUAGAUAUAGAGGGCAGAUUAGUCUUUGCAAUAGCCAACAGUAAAAUAAUGAAUUUCAGCUUAAAAAGUAGCAAGACACUUGUUUUUCCGACUGAUCAUAAAAAUCAGCCAAAACAGCCUGUUUGGCACGUGUUUGGUGAUUUUUUUCUACUUUCAGGCUUAUAAGCCUAUUUUGAGUUCUCCAAACGGCCACAUUAUGUUCCAAACUAAUUCAAGAAAUCAAGGAUGAAGUGAUGAAGAACUUUGAAAUGAGUGAUUUGGCCCUUUUGUGCUAUUACUUUGGAAUUGAAGUGAAGCAAGUGAAGAACACAAUAACUCUGAGUCAGACAGGUUAUGCCAAGAAGAUCUUAGAGAAGAUGGGAAUGGCAGAAUGCAACCCAUGUUGUCUUCCAAUGGAACCAAGAAGCAAACUCAACAAGUAUGAUGGAGAGCCGACUAUUAAUCAAACAAAUUAUAGAAGUAUCAUUGGCAGCCUGAGGUAUUUGACUAACACUAGACCUGAUCUUACUUACUCUGUGGGCAUUGUAAGCAGGUAUAUGGAAGCACCAACAACUGCACACCUAAAUGUUGUAAAGCAAAUCCUGAGAUAUGUUAAAGGGACAAUUGACUUUGGAUGUGUGUACAAAAGAGAACAAACAAGUGAGGGUUUGAUUGGCUACAGUGACAGUGAUCUAGCUGAGGAUUUAGAUGACGGAAAAAGUACUACAAAGAUCCUGUAUUUUCUAAAUGACAGCCCUAUCACAUGGGUAUCUCAGAAGCAAAGGAUAGUUGUACUGUCAUCAUGCGAGGCAGAGUAUAUCGCAGCAACAAGUGGGGCAUGUCAAGGAAUUUGGCUCACAAAAUUACUGGAAAGUAUACUGGAAAGUGCCAACAUGAAACCGGUAUUGAGGGUGCAGUUGGCACCCUUGAAAUAGUUCAAUGCCCACUUAAGAAAGCAACAGUGGUUUAUUGUGAUAAUAUAAGCUCUGUAUACAUGACCAGCAACCCCGUCCAACAUCAUCAUACUAAACACAUUGAAAUGGACAUCCAUUUUGUUCGUGAAAAGGUUGCCCGUGGUGAAGUUUGCGUUCUACACAUUCCUUCCCGACACCAGUUUGCGGAUAUCUUUACGAAAGGUCUUCCCCAAAUUUUAUUUGAAGAAUUCAAUUCCAGUCUCAACAUCAGUCAAUCUCCAGCUUUAACUGCAGGGGGGGUUAGCAUAAUUUCAUGCAUGUGUACGCACACUUGGUUGGAGAUAAAGUCAUGCAUUUUGGAAAUUAUUUACACGGAUUUUUUAAUCCAAUUAGGGUCGUGCCUACCUUAAGUCAAAUGAAUCCAACCUCCUGGUCCCGAAGUUAGCUAAUGAGCCUAAGGCCUCCAAGUUAUGAGCCCUGAGCCAAUUCUAUUGUAAUAGGCUUAUGGAGAUAAAUGACCCUAUUCUUAAACCUAAGAGUCCAAAGUACAUUGGUACAAGGUUACAUGCCUAUAUAUUUCUUCACGUUGGUACAAGGUUACAUGCCUAUAUAUUUCUUCAGUUAUGUCUAUUUGCAAAAAUUCACGAAAUAUUUAUACAAACUUAUGUAACAUUAGCAUUUAUAGCAUCUUGAUCAACAUAUGAUGUACUCUAUUCACUUUCAUUUUUUCGUAAGAUGAUAUUCUCAUUUAAAUUGUACUAUAUUACACUUUUAGGCAUAACAUAAGAUGAUAUUCUUGAUCAACAAACUUCAUUAUAAUAGAAGUCAUUUAUAAUUUUAGGCGCAUAUUACGCUGAAAGAGAGAGAUUUAUGUCAUUCAACAAACAUCAAUGAAGUACCAAUUGCAUG